UCCGUCCCGCGGUCCGGGUCAGAGUCGCGCGGCUGCAAGGUGGAUGAAGCCAGUGAGACUCAUGAAGGUGUUCGUCACCCGCAGGAUCCCCCCCGAGGGCUGGGCCGCGCUCGCCCGCGCCGCAGACUGCGAGGUGGAGCACUGGGACUCGGAUGAGCCGAUCCCCGACAAGGAGCUGGAGCGAGGGGUGGCCGGGGCCCACGGCCUGCUCUGCCUCCUCACCGACCACGUGGACAAGAGGCUCCUGGACACCGCAGGAGCCAAUCUCAAAGUCAUCAGCACAAUGUCCGUGGGCGUUGACCACUUGGCUUUGGAUGAAAUCAAGAAGCGCGGCAUCCGUGUGGGCUACACCCCAGAUGUCCUGACAGACGCCACGGCAGAGCUCGCCAUCUCCCUGCUUCUCACCACCUGCCGCCGCCUGCCAGAAGCCAUGGAGGAAGUGAGGAGUGGUGGCUGGACGUCGUGGAAGCCGCUGUGGAUGUGUGGCUACGGACUCUCGCAGAGCACGGUCGGCAUCAUUGGGCUGGGGCGCAUAGGCCAGGCCAUUGCUCGGCGUCUGAAGCCUUUCGGCGUCCAGAAAUUUCUAUACACAGGGCGCCAGCCCAGGCCUCAGGAGGCAGAAGAAUUCCAGGCCGAGUUUGUGUCCACCCCCAAGCUGGCCGCCGAGUCUGAUUUCAUCAUUGUGGCCUGCUCCUUAACGCCUGCAACCAAGGGACUCUGCAACAAGGACUUCUUCCGGCAGAUGAAGAAGACAGCCGUGUUUGUCAACAUCAGCAGGGGAGACAUCGUGAACCAGGACGACCUGUACCAGGCCUUGGCUGGCGGGCAGAUUGCCGCUGCUGGACUGGAUGUGACGACCCCGGAGCCACUGCCUACAAGCCACCCUCUCCUGACCCUGAAGAACUGUGUGAUCCUGCCCCACAUUGGCAGUGCCACCUACGGGACCCGAAACACCAUGUCCUUGUUGGCAGCCAACAACUUGCUGGCUGGCCUGAGAGGGGAGCCGAUGCCCAGUGAACUCAAGCUGUAGCCAGACGGGAGUCCUGGAAGGUCAGGAGGCCAACAGUGCCCUUGGAGUGUGUCAGUGGGCACAGGCUUCACUUGGGCCCAGAGGACGGGAGCCAAGGAAGAAAGUCUGAUCUGCUCCCAUCCUGCAGAAGGAAGACCGGUGCUGACACACGGGCUUGCCGCUUUUGUGGUUCGAAUCAUCUGAGCCAAAAGUAUGUGAUCCUAUUAAAGAAUUGUCUGAGA